AUGGACGAGCGCGCCAAGAUCCGAGUCACUCUUCCUCGAGAAAACCCAACUUCAAGCUACUGGCAAGAUCCUCCCGAUGACAUCGCUGACGAGCGUACCACCAAGGACCCCCCAAACAAAGCCGACAUCGUCAUCAUCGGAAGUGGCAUCACCGGUGCUGCGAUAGCAUGGAACCUCCUAAAAGACGUCAACCCUGGAGAAAAGGGGUCCAGAAACAUAGUCAUGCUUGAAGCCCGCCAGGCCUGCUCCGGUGCAACCGGUCGCAACGGUGGACACACCAAAGCUGCCUCCUACCGCUCCUUUCUCGAGCACGCCUCUCUCCUCGGCACUCCAGCCGCCGUCCAAAUCGCUCGUCUCGAGUACAACAACAUCCAAGCCGUCCAUGCCUUUGCCAAAGAGCAUGACAUCCCCUGCGACUCCAACCCUUGCCACACCAUCGACAUUAUCUACGACCAAGCCCAAUGGGCCGCCGCCCAUGAAGCCGUCGCCGCCAUGAAGGCCGCUUUCCCCGAAGGAGAUCCGGUAGCAGAGUACACCUUCCACUCGCCCGCCGAAGUCCAGUCCAAAUUCCACUGCGCCCUGGAUGCCGGCACCGUAGCCGGCGAACAACAAACCUUGUAUGGAGGCGUCUCCUACCCAGCCGGCAGCAUCUCCUCCUACGCCUUCACCACAGGCCUCCUCAAACUCUGCCUAUCCCGCGGCCUAAAUCUGCAAACCAACACGCCCGCCACCUCCCUGAUGAAAAACCGCGACGAACGCACCUGGACCGUACAAACCCCUCGCGGAAACAUCUGGACCAAGGACAUCAUCCUGGCCACGAACGGGUACACGGCCGCUAUUGCGCCCACGUUUCAGGGUGCCAUCGUCCCCCUGCGUGGACAGGUCACGGCGCAAAGGCCCGGGAGCAAACUACCCGAGAAGGGAUGUCUGCCGACUACAUACAGCUUUAUCUACGAUAAGGGGUAUGAGUACAUGAUCCCGAGACCAAAGGGGAGCCGAAACGAGGGGGACUUGGUCAUUGGUGGUGGAUUGGUGAGGGCGAAGGAGGAAGGGUUGGAGGAGUACGGGACUACGGAUGAUACGACCGUUAACCAAGACAUCAGUGAUUACCUCAAGGACAGUCUGACGAGGUACCUCGGUGUUGGUGAGAAGGGAAAUUGGGGAGAAGAUCACCCGGAUGGAAGAGUAAGAAAGGAGUGGACGGGGAUCAUGGGGUAUACACCCGAUGGGUUUCCCAUGGUUGGACCGGUGCCAGGGGAGACGGGUUUUUGGAUGAGUUGUAGUUUCCAGGGCCAUGGGAUGGUGUUGUGCUGGAUGUGCGCAAAGGCGUUGGUAGAGAUGAUGGAGGGGAGGGAUAAUGAGGAGUUGAAGGGGUGGUUUCCGGAGGCGUUCAGGGUCGGGUUUGAGAGAAUGAGGAAGAGGUUCCAGGGAAGGUUGCAUACGAGCGUUGCGGUGCCGCCGGGACCGCCUGUGGGGGGAGAGUCUGGGUAA